AUGGCCAAAGAUCAGAUCAUUAGUACUAUGUUCAGGUUCCAUAAAUUCUACUGCAUAAUUUUAAUCCUUUCUGCAUUUUCUAUCAUUUCAAUCUUCUAUUGGUGUCAUUUUUCCAGCAAUUGCUAUUCCAUAAACCUUUUAAUGAUGCAAAAGCCAAAGGAAGACAUCGAUCUACUUACAUUCCCUUAUGCUUGGAAUCUUCUUUCAUUUCCUACUCACCCUCCUCCUCAAAUCCUUAAAAUUGCUCUUUUUGUUAAGAAAUGGCCUCAUGGCUCUCGUGCAGGGGGGCUCGAAAGGCAUGCCUUAACUCUACACCUUGCCCUUGCGAAAAGAGGCCACGAGUUGCACAUUUUCACUACUUCUACUCCGAAUUCAUCCUUUCCGAUAUAUCCAUUUGCCAACUUAGUUUUUCACCUAUCGAAGCCGACAUCCGGUGGUUAUCUGGAACAGGCAGUUGUAUGGAAGCAAUUUCAAACUCAAAACUCGACCGGAAGACAUUUCGAUGUGGUACACACGGAGAGCGUUGGACUGUUGCAUACUAGAGCGAAGAACGUGCCGAAUCUAGCAGUUACAUGGCAUGGAAUUGCGUAUGAAACCAUUCAUUCUGAUAUCAUCCAAGAGCUUCUCUGGACACCAGAAGCACAACGGGGAUCUAUGACGACCAAAAGGACGACGAAAGUCGUUGAAGAGGUAAAGUUUUUUCCAAGAUAUUCUCACCAUGUAGCUACUAGUGAUCAUGCUGGAGAUGUCCUAAAAAGGAUUUACAUGAUUCCCGAAGAACGCGUCCACAUCAUUCUAAACGGAGUUGAUGAGGAUAUUUUCAGACCGGAACCCUCUCUAGGGAACGAUUUUAAACAGAAGUUUGGCAUCUCAAAGAGGUCAUUGGUUUUGGGAAUGGCAGGGAGGCUGGUGAAAGACAAAGGACACCCUUUGAUAUUCGAAGCUUUGAAUCAAAUAUUCAUGGAAAACAACAAAUUUCAACAGAGUGUCACUGUGCUUGUUGCUGGUGAUGGUCCAUGGGGUGACAGAUACAAAGAUCUUGGAGCCAAUAUACUUGUUUUAGGUCCAUUGGAACAAGCUCAACUAGCAAAGUUUUAUAAUGCAAUAGAUAUUUUCGUGAAUCCGACUCUUCGAGCUCAAGGAUUGGACCAUACUCUGUUAGAAGCAAUGCUCACAGGAAAACCUGUAAUGGCUACAAGAGUUGCCAGCAUCACGGGGUCGGUAAUCGUCGGACUGGAAAUGGGUUAUACUUUCUCACCUAGUGUGGAUUCCUUGAAAAGGACUCUCUAUAGUGUUUGGAAUGAUGGCAGAGUGAUAUUGGAGAAGAAAGGCAAGGCUGCUAGGCAAAGAGGGUUGCAAUUGUUCACUGCCUCUAAAAUGGCAGCUGCAUAUGAAAGACUAUUUCUCUGCAUAUCAAAGGAAGAAUAUUGCAAAUACCAAAAGUCCUAA